GCCAUCGUUCCGCAAAACCACCAUUUCUCCGACCAUAUGAGCCGCGUAUUAGCAGAACGAAACGUGUAUUCCCUUGUCGUUAUUCACACCCCGAAGGCGGGAGGAUGAAAUUACUUAAAUACCCUUGUUUCCGUCUAUUUAACCUUGCCCCCUCUCAUCCGCAGAUUUUCUUUUGUCUUUUGAAAUCCCCGCUUUGGAAAUCAAAAUGGCGCCAAAGCGAGCAUCGCCGGCGAAGUCUUCUCUCUACCCGAUCGGUGGUUGCGAUGUUGUGGUGGAAGGUAAGAAGUUCACCUGCGAAUCUGGCCCGAAAAGUCUCCAGAUCUCUUUUUCCGGAAUCGACAGAGUUAGAAUCUCAGUGAGGGAAGGGAUGAACACCGAAUCUGAAAUGUCCACGCCACUGUCAAAAUCUAUUGAAAAUACUGUUUCCACUUCUCCAAAAGACUACACGUUUCUGCUUCUUAAUCCGAGCGACGAUGAUGCCUUUACCAAAUCUUAUCUUCAGGAAGUACUGAAGUUAUAUGUUAAAGAGCUACCUGGCAUGAAUUAUGCUGCAAACACAGGAAAGCAAUCAACAUUCCUCGAGAGAUGCGUGUCAAAAGGAAAAUAUUGUACAUUGAUUUUGAAGGCCAUGCUCAAUGGAGUUUCAGACGAGAUCAUAGCUGCAAUCACCUACCAAAUAGUCCCAGCUGAUGCCCACUAUGCUGAAAUACCUCUUGCUGCGGUCACAUCUAUAUACCAGAAAAAGCAUUUUGGUAAGCUUAUAUAUGGGGAAUUAAGGAAGAGGCUUCAGAAUGUUGGUGUUCGUGCUAUAUUCUGCUGGGCAGACAAAGAAUCCGAGGGAUUCUGGUUUAAACAGGGUUUUAUAUCAAUAGCAGAGGUGGACAAGAAGGGUAAAGCAAGGAAUUUGCGCAUUAAGACUAAUAUUCGGAAAGCACUAUGCUUUCCUGGUGGUUCGACUCUUAUGCUUUCUCAUCUGAAGAGGGAAUCUUCUGUUAAUCCUGCAAAUCUCGGGAGUUGCUCUUCACGAUUAAAUCACCGCGAUGAAUCUCCACUGUCAGCCUAUGAUAAUUUUGCAGGUCCUGCGACUAGGGGUUGUGACAACCUUCUAAAACCUGGGGAGUCACUUAAACCUAGAGAGGGAUUUGCUGAAAAUAUAAAUUUUGACCGUCUCUCUGGUAGCAGAGGUUCUGUUGACUCGCCAACAGGAACCGAAUGCCACAAUAUGGUCAUUGAUGAAGCCACCACAGCUGAUGGUACUACCAAUGGAUCCACACAGGGUUUAAAGCGGACAUGGGAAGCUUCACUCUCCUCUCUACAAUCCAAAAGAGUCAAGGGAACCCAUCGUUGUGACUGUGAGUUAGAUACUGUUCCAGGUUUCAGCUUAGGAAGAACGCACAAGCAACCGGAAGAUGGUUUUUUAGGGACUUCUAGUGACGAUCCCCAGACCAUUAUUUCGAAAAGAAAUGAUGAUGAAGAAUGCAGGGAAUCUAAUCCAAAUAGAGUAAACUACAGAAUUAUGCUGAUGAAUAUUGGUGAUGACAACAAGAGAGCAAGUCUGACAAAGGUCAUAGAAAACCUAGGUGGUGUUGUCACCUCGGAAGGCAGCAUAAGCACACACGUCGUCACAGGAAAAGUAAGGAAAACGCUGAAUUUCUGUACCGCUCUUUGCUCUGGAGCAUGGAUAGUGUCGCCGACUUGGUUAAAAGAAAGCUUCCAACAAGGCAGUUUUGCUAAUGAGACUUUGUACAUAUUGAAGGAUGAAGACUAUCAGUUGAAGUACCGAACUGAGCUGAAAAGGGCGGUUCUCAGAGCAAAAGCUAGACCGAAAUCAUUGCUUAAAGGAUAUGACAUAUGGAUAGGAACUCACGUUCAGAAGGCGGUCGGAAAUUUAUCUGCCAUCGUUCAAUCUGCUGGUGGAAAUGUGAUAAGAGAAGUGGAUAAGGUAUGGAAAACGAUAUUGAUAGCGAGCGAAGAAGACAUGGAAGAGGGAUUGUCGGCUGGGAAGGUAAAGACAUUCAACAGUGAGUGGUUGAUGAAUUGUGUCAUGAGACAAGAACUGGAUCUCGAAGCUCCUCAGUUUGCGGAGUCCUUGUAAGAGAGAUUGAGUUCCCUAAAGAGGUAACUACUCUAUUCUAUAAAGUAUAAAUGGCACUUUGUGUAAUUUAUAUUUAUGUAUGUUUUCCCUUUUUUUUUUUU